AUGUCCAAAGGCAGAGAUUACAGCAGCCAGUCGUACACGCUCGGAGGCAGCGCAACAGCCGUCAGAAGCUACCCGGGUAACAACGCACACUCGGCGGGCAAGUUCAGGGAGAAGGACGACAUGGUGGGACUCAAUGACAAGUUUGUAAGACUGAUUGAAAAGGUGAAAUACCAGGAGGAUGAAAACAAAAAGUUGGAAACAAAGUUGAAGAUCCUCAAAGAUCAGGAGGCAUAUCAGAGCAAGAUUGGGGCCGUGGUUAAACAACUAGAGGAGGCCCUGAACGAACAGGUUGAGAAGUUACUCACUGACCAGGCCAAACUUGAGGGUGAGCUGCUUCAUAACCAGGAGGAGGCAGAGAACAGCAAGAAGAGGUAUGAGGAGGAGUUGCUUAAGAAAGCAGAACUGGAGAAUGAAUUUAUUAUCACCAAAAAGGAUGCAGAUGAAGGUCACUUGGAAGCUGUACAUUUGGCUCUGGACUUGGAAGAUCUCAUAGGCCAACUGGAUUUCCUCAGAGUUGGCUACGAUGAGGAGAUAAAAGAGCUGGAAUCUCAAAUCCAAAAUGAGACCGUGAUUAUACGAGAGAACAGCAAGCGGUCUCUAGACAUGAAUGAGAUUGUCGAAAAUGUCAAGAGUCAGUAUGCCAACAUUGCUUCUCGGACCAGGGAGGAAGCAGAGCACUGGAACCAGAAAAAGAUGGAUGUCAUGAUUUUAAAAGUGGGCCAGCAUGAGCAAGAAGUCAGGGAUAUACGCAGGGAGAUCUCUGACAUGGGGCGCCUCAUUCAGAGGUUGAAUGGAGACCUGGAUGCUCUCAAAAGGAAGGAAGAGUCUCUGGAGAAAGACAUCAAUGACACAAUUGUUGAAGGUGACGAAAACUUGGAAAGGGCCCGCAAGGACAUCAGCCAGCUGAAGGAGGCCUUGAGGCGCACCAAGCAUGACUUGGCCUGCCAGAUCCGGGAACAACAAGAGCUGAUGGACCUCAAGCUGGCCCUGGAUAUUGAGAUCGCGACCUAUCAUAAGCUGCUGGAGGGCGAGGAGCAGAGAAUGGAUGAACUCAUGCGUAACUCAGGUGCGAAUUCCUUUGAACUGAGUUUCCAAAGUGACCAACAGUUCUGUGCAGAAGACAAACACUUUUUUUGA